UCCGGACUGUCUGUCUGUGGACGUGCGAAUGCGAUUAUUAUUGUGUGAACAGACAGACACAGGAAAGACAUGAAUCUGAGCAUGAAGUCAUACAGUGACCCAGAGCAAGUGGGUGUCUUUCCUCCGGCCGGACGUGGCACUGGAGCACAUGAGUCUGAUUUAGGGGAGGUGGAGGGAGCGCUUGAUCUAUGCUCAUCUAAUGCCUUGAUUGACCUUGGUGAGGAUGCAGGAAUUUCUGAAGAGCAAGACGACUAUGCAGAGGAACUGUGUCAUUCUGCCAGAUCGAAGCCUUUUCAGUGCUCUCAGUGUGGGAAGGGUUUCUCUCGCAUACAGCAUCUGUCCGAACACGUACGGAUUCACACAGGCGAGAGGCCUUACGAGUGCUCUGUGUGUGGAAAGACUUUCACUCGGGAAAGAAGCCUCAAGACUCAUCAGAUUGUCCAUGCGGAUGCGAAGGCCUUCCACUGCACAAUCUGUGUUAAAAACUUUGCCCUCCUAUCCUCCUUGAGAAGACAUGUGCGGGCAUUUCAUCAAGGUCAUGAUGUCAGUACGGAGGGCAGAUGCUUAAUUUGUGUUGAAUGCGGGAAAAACUUUGCAUGUCAGUUGGAGGAACAUGAGCUGACACACACUGGAGAGAUUUCUCAUCGCUGCCCUGACUGUGUCAAGAACUUAGAACAUCUACAGACUCUUGUUUCUCAUGAUCAAACCUUCAAUGAACCAGAAGACUUGAACCAUGCUCAGAAUAUUGAGAGGCCUUGCAGUUCUGUGGCCUCAGAAGAUCAAUUCAAACACAUGCAAUCUGACGCAAGUGAGGACAAUAGUGACCCGCCCUCUCCGGAGCUUGUUGAAAAUAUUACCUGUGAUGCACUGACUGAUGAACACAUGGGCCAAAGUGAACAGGAGGCCGAAAGAGCUCCAUCUCCUUCAUCUGUGCUGUCUCACGAGUCUGCUGAAAAGGCCAUUGAAAUGACAAGCCUUCUUCAAGAGGAACAGCUCUCAGCUCACCAGCAAGUUGACGAUGAAGACAAGCCACACCAAUGCGAUCACUGUGGAAAGAGAUUUAAUAAACAAGCAAAGCUUCGAAUCCAUCUGCGCGUUCACACCGGAGAGAAACCUUACCAGUGCACCCUGUGUGACAAAUAUUUCAGUCAAGCAAUAAACCUUAGAAAACAUCACCGUACGCAUCAUACGGAGGAGAGACCAUACCACUGCACACUCUGUGACCGCAAGUUUUCUCUCUCGUUUUCCCUGAUAAAGCAUCAACGUGUGGCUCAUCCAGAACAAUUGAGUGUUGCUGAAAGGAAGCGCUUUACAUGCCCUUUCUGUGGAAAAAUAUUUGGGCGGCAUCAAGAUAUGGAGCAGCACAAACGAAUUCACACGGGUGAGAGACCAUUCCGAUGCAAUGUGUGCAACAAAAGCUUUCGGCAACGAUCAGUUUUGAUAGUGCAUCGGAAAAUUCACACCGGAGAAAAGCCUUUCGAAUGUUUCAUAUGCUUCAGACGGUUCUAUGGCUCAGGAGAUCUGAAGACUCAUAUGGGGACUCAUACUGGUGUGAGACCACACAGUUGCCCCCUGUGCUCUAAAAGCUUCCCUCGUCCCAGCAGCCUUCAAGCACACAUGCACUCUCAUCUCAACAAGUUGCAAGAAGUUGACGCUCUAACCACUGGAGCUGAGGAGGACCAGGGUGAACACGAUGAUGUGGAAGGAGUCUCUGGAAGUUCAGCUUUAAUGCUUUCUGAAAACCCUGGAUGUUCUGAAGACAAAAUGAGCACAGAGGAGCCCUCCAGCCAGCUGGCUUGUAUUUUAAAGUCUCACUCUCACCAAAAAGGGCCUGAGACUGGAUUUGGUCCUUUAAUGAAUCAAGUCCAUGAUGUUGAUCAGAGUUUCAGUUCAGCACUAGCAGAUCAUCAGAAGCCAUUCCAUUGUACCAUAUGCAACAAAACCUUCUCUCUCUCACUAUCCCUGAAAAAACAUCAGCUUGUGUUUCAUCCAGAUCAGCAUGCUGACACAGAGGGGAGGUGCUUCCCCUGCUCUUAUUGUGGGAGGAAGUUUGGCCGGCGUCAGGGCUUGUUACAGCAUGAGCGCAUUCACACAGGUGAAAGGCCCUACAACUGCCCCACCUGUAACAAAAGCUUCCGGCAGCGAUCAGCUUUGGUUGUGCAUAUUAAAACUCACACAGGAGAAAGGUCCUUCCUGUGCUUUGUGUGCAGCAAAAGCUUUUAUACCCCGGGAGACUUGAAGAAACAUCUGGAAAUUCAUACAGGAGUGCGGCCACACAACUGCCCGAUAUGUUUCAAGGGUUUCGGGCGCCCCAGUUUCUUGCGAGCUCACAUGCAAAUCCAUGAAAAAGCCACCACAAAGACAUCUACAAAGAAACAGGAAUGUGGAGCAGAGGAACCAACAGACGGUCCAAAAGUUGACGUGCAAGAGAAGCCAUUUGAAUGCUCUCAUUGCGGAAAGAGAUUCAGUCAGCAUUGUAUGCUUAAAAUCCACCAGCGGAUUCACACAGGAGAGAGACCUUACAAGUGCUCUGAGUGCGGUCUGAGUUUUCGCUGGAGGAGAAACCUGAUAGCCCACCAGAGUGGCCACCCGGGUGACAAGCCUCUCCAGUGUUCAAUGUGUGAUGAAACAUUCCUCUCAGAAGCAAGUCUGAAGAAACAUCAAGAUUCGUUUCAUUCAGGGGUCUCUCAUACCUGCAGUCUGUGUCUGAAGACGUUUACUCAAGCAGCCGGCCUCAGGAAACACGUGCGAUAUGUUCACGAGAGAGAGAGACCUCACAAAUGCUCGGAGUGCGGCAGAGGAUUUGUCAAACUUUCAGACCUUUUGCGUCAUCAGCGUCGCCAUCAUUACGACAGGGGUGACGAACUCUUUCAAUGCUCCCAGUGCGAGCGAAGCUUCAGUCAUCCUAGCAGUCUCGUUCUCCACCGACGAACUCACUCGGAAGGACAACACGAGUGUCCUAAAUGUAAUAAGAUAUUCAGUCAGCCGGGACACCUUAAGGUUCACCUGCGUACUCACACCAAAGAGAAUAAACCUAAGUUUGAGUGCCCCGAAUGUGGGAAGAGAUUUGGCCAAGCCAAAGAUUUGGCGGUUCAUCAGAGGGUGCACACCGGAGAGAAACCUUACCAGUGCCCUCAGUGCAAGAAGACUUACAGACAGUUUGCACAUCUGUCCGUACAUCUGCGGAGUCACACGGGGGAGAAGCCUUACCAAUGCCCAGUAUGUCUCAAAUUCUUCGCACAUUCGUCAUCCAUGAAAAAACACUUGCGUGUAAUGCAUGCAGCGGGGAAGGAGUCCCCAGUAACGAAGGAAGUUGUGAAGGUGACUGUUGGUGUUGGUACAUCCAGCUCAGCUGUAGAAGUCAAGCAAGAACCAGAGUCUCUUGAAUAUGAAUGUCAAGUCAAAUCAGAAGAAAACUGCUUUGCCAUAAUGGAUGAUGUGAACGCUGUUACGGUUUCUUCAGCUCCAUCCAGUCCAGUAUCAGCAUUGACUUUUAAAGAUGAUCCAUGUUAAAAGAGAUUGGAUGAGAAUGGAAAAAUGGGUUUGGUCUCACCUUGUCAAAUAAUCUAACAUGGACAUUUUCAUCCUAAACGGACUCUCGGGAGAAGUCUGUAUAUAUGAAGACUCCAACCUCUGUAGUUUGCAAGGUAGUAUUGAGUGAGACAAAGAACUUCCAUGUCAAGAAGAAUCCACAUCAAUGCAUUCAGUGUGUUUUAGUCAAACUAAGAACCACACAACACAAUGUUUUGUUCACAUCGUGGAAAAGCCAGUAUUUUCAGUGUUAGCAAAGUUUCUGUGAAGCUGGAGACCUUAUUUAUUGUUUGAUUCUUAUGGAAAACAAUCACCAUCAUUACUCUGAGAACUAUCCAGUGAGGAGGCCUCAAACUUGACUAGCAUGCUCACUUUGAGAAUUUGUAGAGAUAUACAUAAACUACAGCCAAUUACAAGAUCUUCUGGAGAGAAAGUCUUAACCGUUGACCUACUCUGAGAAGAGCUUCUAUCAUGGAGGGCACCUUAAACUACAGCAGAUCUUUCCAGCAGGUGAUAUUAUUUUAAAUAAGCAUUCAGCCAUGAUAUAAUAGAAAACUUUAGAUUUAAAGUUAGUUAAAAGCAGGUAUAGAUGAAAUGUGUUUAGGGUGAUAUGUGCAAUUUGUUAAAUGUUUAAAUACUUUCCCAGAUCCCAGCUUAAAAAACAGAGAAACAAUAAAGUGCAAAUAUUGUGGCGCUUUGGUCCUGUCAAAAAAAUUAAACAGCAUUAUUGGCUCAACCAAUGGCUUGAAUAUACGCAGCACUAUCUGUUUGUCGACCAAUGACAAAGCCAAUCUUUUGAAAAAAAAAAUGUUUUGCUGUUCUUUUUGAUGCCACUAGUAGCGCACAGAAAUUGCACACUUCACCUUAUAUUAACUUCUAUUUUGGCUAACUUGAUUAUGAUCUCAGCUGUUUAACACAUUGUACCAAGAUUAAAUCUAUUCCACAAAUUUUAGCACAGCCUGCUUACAAGGAUGCAAAUCUAUCACCACCAAUUCUUAAUGAAUUUCAUUACUGUUGUUUUAUUGUAUUACUUUGACCAUGCACCAAAGUUGUUGUAUACAUGACAACUUAUAAUACAUUUUAAUUAAAUUAAGAAUAGCUUCUAAUGUUCAGUCCAAAGGUAUUUAGUUACAAAUUAAAGAGUUUCCCCACUUACUGUCUGAAGAUAAUAGUAAUAAGUAAGCAUUGUUUUUUUUUUCUCUCUCACUGAAGUUAAUGCCAAAGAGAUGCACAAGACUAACCACCGUGUCCAAGUAAAACUUGUUAGUGGUGUUUGCUAAGGAAGUCAUCUCUUACUAUUGCUCACACUUAGGGUUCUGAAUUUGCACAAACCCUUAACCCCAAGUAUUAAGCUUUGGCAUUGAACUCAUCACACACUGUUUGUGCUACGGACAUGCAUGAUACUUCAAAUAGUGCUUGAUGAAGAGAGAUGUUCGAUUACCUUUCUAUCAAUUACAGUUUCACCUGGUGGAAGAUAAAAUGGGUGACAAAAAAAUCCCUACAGUGAAAGAGGGACUCAAGCCAUAUCAAGGGGCCAGGUAUUGACAGUAAUAAUUGUAGGCCAUUAAUAAUAAUGGCC